AUGGCACGUCUUGGAGACAGCAGCCUUGGACAAGUUUCUGUCUUCCUGCAGAUCGUCAAGCCCUCUCCCAGCUUAGAAUUAUUAGUUGAGGAAUCUCCUGAAGAGGUCAUUGAAAAUGUCAUCGAAGAUGUUGAAGAGGUCACUGAAGAGGUGGAAGGGUCUCUGGAGUCUGAGGUGGAGGAGUGGGGAGAGUCGGAAGUGUCCGUCAUCUCAGUCCCUUCAACCGUCUUGCCGACGCCGAGGGCCUCUGCAGAAGAGCUGGCCAAGUUGCGGCCACGUAUAGAUCCCCGGCUCUGCCCAUCCCCAGGGACCGUCCUCUUCAACACCACCCACAAGCCCUGGGCUGAGGUCAUCCCGUGCAACUAUGAGAUGCAGCACGUGCUCAGGGACCUGGUGCCACUGAAGGCCUUCCUGCUGGCAGGGACCACCGUGACUAUUGUGGAGGAGAAGAUUCUCUCCUGGCCGGCGGUGCUGCCUGCUGUUGACAGUCCCCUGUCUGCCAAGAAAGGAAAAGGAGAGAAAGACAAGAAAGAGAAGGAGAAAGACAGGAAGGGGAAAGGAGAGAAAGAGCCGGCCAAGCAGGUACCAAAGAAGAAGAAAGAGCCACCCAAGGAGCUCCGGCAGGACCCUCCCAUCCUGCAGGUGCUGGGCCGAGGCCUGGUGGUUCUGGAGCCCCUGCUGGUGGGGGAGCCCCUGGUGUCCACCGUGUGCAACUUUGGCGUGGUCCGCACCUUGGCAUCCGACAGGCUGGCAUUUGCCAGGGAUUCAAAGAAGAUUAAGAAAACUGCCAAAAAAGAAAAGCCAAAAGCCGUGAUUCCCAUCUACGAAGGCGAUUACCAGCCCGAGCCCCUGACGGUGGAGGUGCAGAUCCAGCUGAACCAGUGCCGCUCGGCGGAGGAGGCGCUGCGCACGUUCGCCGUGUAGGGCGCGGGCAGUAAAGGCUGUUCCCAGC